CAAACAUAUGAAAACUUGCAGUCCAAUGAUCCAAAAACUGCACACAAAAAUGGAAUAGAAUGGAGGCUCUCUGAAAGAAUGCUUUGAUCGAAGUUAAUUAAUUUGUACACCUAAUAAUCUGUGAUAUUUCAAAUUUCGUAAUUAAGGAAAAAAACCAUACGACCAAGUAAUGAACGUCAUAAUAACCAGAAAAUGAGCAAUAAGAAAUUCGACAAACGUGCGUUAUGUCUUUAAAGUAAUUAUUAAGAAACAGCGCAUCGACUUCAUUUGCCAGUCUGAGUGAGAUAGCUCAAAGAACAGUUUGUAUGGUAUGUAUAAAACUGCGGCAUCUGUCUAGCGAAGUGGUUAGUUGUCUGAAACGUUUCCAAGAAAUAAUCGCAUUUCUCUUUGCCUCUAUAUUUUCACUCGGUUGUCAAAUCGUUGGACAAUCGUCAUCAAUAACAACAGUAGCGAUUCCUAUCUGUCGUAAGGUAAAUUAUUUUUAAAAUAGUUUGCAGUUACUGACUUCAAACUAUCGACGAGGAUGUCGAACUAUUUCGAGAUUCUGUGUGGUGUGGCGGCAUUGCUCAUUGCUGUCUACUACUAUGCCACGUCUACCUUCGAUUUUUGGAAAAAUCGUGGAGUGGUGGGUCCACGACCUCUACCCUACAUUGGCAAUAUCAAAGAAAUCUUGUUCGCGAGAAAAUCACUAGCUGAUUACACAAGAGAAAUUUACAUUGCCUAUAAAAACGAACCGAUGGUUGGUUUGUACUCGAGAAGAUCACCUGUGCUUUUGCUGCGUGAUCCAAAGCUCAUCAAAAACGUUCUUAUCACGGACUUCCCUAAUUUUACAGGUCGAGGAACCAUAAUUAACGAAAAGGUGGAACCACUAUCGGCGAAUCUGUUCUUCUUGGAAGAGGAACGAUGGCGACCACUAAGAAACCACCUCUCGCCGAUGUUUUCAUCCGGGAAACUGCGAGAGAUGUUCCAUCUCAUCGUCGAGUGCUCGCAAUACUUGGAGAAAUACCUGGAGGAAAACGUCGGGAGAACAGGGAUCAUCGAGUGCCAGGCGCUGGCAGCAAAAUACACUACCGACGUGAUCGGUAGUUGCGCCUUUGGUAUCGAGAGAAGCGCGUUGGAGAACGAAAACAGCGAGUUUCAUAAAAUUAGCAGAGAAGUGUUCGCCGUGAAUCUACGGAACUUCCUACAGCAGAAACUCAAAGAAUUCGUGCCAAUGUUGUACAAUCUGCUAGCGUUACUGCCACCUCAGAAUUUCGUGCUGGCCUUCAUGAAACUCGUGAGCGAAACGAUGAAGUACAGAAGGGAGAACAACAUUGCCAGGCCGGACUUCAUGAAACUGCUGAUGGAUCUUCAGAAGAAUCCAGACAAGUUGCAAAACAUCGAAUUUACAGAUACAAUGCUUACGGCGCAGUUAGGCAUAUUUUUCGCAGCCGGUUUUGUAGCUCCUUCCAUGGCCAUAAGCAACGCUCUUUACGAAUUAGCUCUGAAUCAAGACGUACAAGAUAAACUUCGCGAGGAAAUUGAGGAGUUCUGUGGCAAGAACAACGGAGAAUUGAAGUUCGACGACAUUAAGAAAAUGAAAUAUCUAGAUAAAGUAUUCAAAGAAACAUUAAGAAUGCAUUCAGCAUCAUCCGUCCUGAGAAGACGAGCACAAUCGAACUACACAUUCAAUGAUACGAAAGUUUCGAUACCCAAGGGGAUGAUGGUAUGGAUCCCAUUGUACGGGAUACAUUACGAUCCAAAUAUUUAUCCGAAUCCUAAGAAAUUCGAUCCCGAAAGGUUCAACGAAGAUGCUGUGGCUGCUCGACAUCGCAUGCAUUAUUUGCCAUUUGGCGAUGGGCCAAGAAAUUGCAUCGGUGGACGUUUCGCAGUUUAUCAGACCAGAGUCGGACUAAUCACGAUUCUCCGCAAUUACAAAAUAGACAUCUGCGACAAGACAAUAAUUCCCUACAAAAUCAACCCAUAUUCAAUGUUACCGGUACCGAAAGGAACAUAUUUGAAAAUGACGAAAAUACCAAGGGAAUGUAAAGUCGUUUCUUAACCCUAUUCGUCAAUCAAUGUAAAUUUAUCCAAAUUUCAUCUUGAAAAUUUAGCUCAAGACCAACUUAUAAAUAAUCGAUUCUAGUUAAAAAACGUGAGCAUUUGUGGUCCUAUUAUCUCGAUUGAAAUCGUUCGAAUAAUUUGUCCCUUUGAAUUGUUUACUUUUUUAUUUCUUCUAUUGGCAAUUUACAUAUUUAAUCUAUCUUCUUCGUGAAAUUUUGAACGGACACUUUCGUAUCGUCCACAUCUUGUUUUCUUUUAUAUCAUUUUGUAGCAUUUGUAUUCAGAGUCAUGUGGAAUUUGGAUAAUAUUAAAGACAAUGUACAUGAAUAAAAUUGUUGCUUAUGUUGUACCUAUA